AGCAAACAGAGAUUCGCCAAUUAAAGAGGGAGGAGAAAGGAAACAGAACGCCGAACGUAAGAAUUAGCAGCUCAUCGCAGAAAGUUCGCCCGGCUUCUUUUCCCUGGCUCCCGGGGAAAUCUUUCCUUCGGGUUCUCGAGAAAAUCACGCAGCCCCGAGAAAACCCAAAGCUUUGUUUUUUCGGAAAGACGAAGAAAAACAGCGAUGCAGAGUCGGAACCAGGGGAAUUACCGGAACCCGUGUCUGACGAUGCACCAGCCAUGGGCUUCUUUGCUCGUGUACGGGAUCAAGCGCAUCGAGGGCAGGUCUUGGCCUGCCCCAAUUCGAGGCCGCCUUUGGAUCCACGCUGCUGGCAAAGUUCCAGACGAAUCCACAAUCAAAGCCAUGGAGGAGUUCUAUAGGGAGAUUUAUGCAGUUAAUGGGAUUACUGAAAUUAAGUUCCCUGAGCACUAUCCUGUCUCAAGACUACUAGGGUGUGUCGAAGUGGUUGGCUGUGUCCGAGGUGAAGAACUAGCCCGCUGGGAUGGGGUGCCUGAAGGGGUAAGGCUGGAAGCGCUAACAGAUUUUUGCUGGCUCUGUGAACAACCACAGAAAUUAGUCAUUCCAUUUGAGAUGCGAGGGUACCAGAAGAUUUACAACUUGGAAAAGAAGAUAUAUGAAGCUGCAGCCAGAGGACUUAUUAAAGUGGAAAGUCCACUGCCUGUAAAGUUUCCGCUUCCAAAUCCACGUGAUCAUUUUUCGUUGAAGCCAGGUUCCCUGUUACUACAUGCGUCUGAAUCUAAACAAAGUGUACCUGGCAAAUCAUCGAGUCUCAGUGCCGCCAUAGCUGGGGCACGAGCUGCUGCCACUCAGUUUUCAAAGAACCAAAAUCACAGUACAUCUUUAUCACCGAGAACAAGUGCGUUGAAUAUCGACACCUUGCGGAAGGUUGAGACGGCACCAUCUGAUUUGGAAGAAGUUUCAGAUGACAGUAUUCCUAGGGAUAAUGAGAAAGAGUUUAGCGGCUACAAUCAAACUUUAACAAGAGAGCGGAAGCAGCAGGCGGGGCCUUCUUCAAAGCUUCAUCCGGUGAUGGUUCGACGGAUCAUCAUAAGUUGAAUGUGGUGUUGCCAGACCGGGUCACCAGAAGAUCUCCUCCACCACCUCCCAAGGUAAAUGGCCCUGUCCAGUUCAUAAAGCCUCGUACUCCACCAAUCGGCCCACCUCCGCCUCCAUCGCCGUGCAGCUAGUGAUGCCACCCACAUCACAUUCUUGAUUCCUGCUUUCUUUUUCCCCUCAGGCUUUAUGUUCCUGAACGUAUGAAAAUCUUUGAGGGGCCAAAAGCGGAACGAAGAGAAAAAAUGUUAGUGCGAUGUUAACCUUGUAGUUCUGCAAUUUCUUCUGCUUUUUCUCUCAUUCGUCUCAAGAUUUUGAUUUGAGUCAUUUUUAUUAACUGUCUGGACACCUGUGGAUUAUGUUAAAAGCUUCAUACUUCAGAGGACGAAUAGGACUUUUAUCUCAACUAUCCGACUUGCCCAAAUUUUUCUUUUGCUCGCAAAGCUACGCCGAUUUGCCCUUCGGAUAAGGCGCCACCGAGCCGGACACAUGUGGACACCGACGCGAUGCCCGUGAAAUGAACUCUUUCCAAAUUAAAACACCAGUUGGCCUUUUACCCCAAUAUUAAGACAGCAUCAAGAACCAGAGGAUUGAUGAAUUUCCAAAGAUGUUAUUACAUGUCGAAUUUCAUACGUGUGUGUAAAAGAGGCAUACCCACCUCCUGAUGAAUAAAGGGAAAAUACUGAAGUACUACAGGGAUGAUCUGCCAAAUGAGUCUCUCACAUUUAAGACAAGAACAGAGGAAACAUCAAAAGAGGAUCCUCCCUCCCAGUAUCCAAAAUGGGGCAAUUUAU